AGAUUUUGGACAUGGCAGACUUGGCAGAAACCAUUUCCCAACUGGCUCUGUUCAUUCUCACAGUUCUCCUGGGGGUCUUCACUUACCAAUGGGUCAUCAUCCAACUUCUCUAUUUCUUCUUUGUUCGCAAGAACCCCUUCAAGUUUUACUGGGGUCUGGCCCAGUCCUGGUUCACGUCUUUUGCUACUGCUUCAACAGCUGCUGCUUUGCCAGUGACAUUCAGGUGUAUGGAAGAAAACAACAACGUGGAUGAGAGGAUUUCGAAAUUCGUCCUCCCAAUUGGAGCCACAGUCAACAUGGAUGGCACUGCCAUGUUUGUCUCAGUUGCAUCCAUUUUCAUUGCUCAGAUCAACUCCAUCCAACUGGACCUGGGCCAAUAUGCCACUGUGGUGGUGACAGCAACUGCUGUUAGUGUGGCUGCUGCCAGUGUGCCCAGUGCUGCCUUGGCUCUGAUGCUGAUGGUUUUGGAUGCCAUUAAUGUUCCAUCAGCACAAGUCACUCUUCUUUUUACUGUUGACUGGUUUGUUGACCGAUUCCGCACAACCAACAACAUGCUUGGUGAUUGCUACACAGCAGCCAUUGUGGAGCAGUGGUCCAAGAAAGAACUGAAUGCCAUGGACCAGGAGCAGGAGGAACUUAAUGAAGAACCCACCACUUCUGACUCAAUUGACGACUCAAAGCAGCUGAAAAACAGGCUGAAUCUCAACAGCAACUGCUGUCAGCAUUGUCAAUCAGAAUUGGACACUGGUGAGGAAGACGAAGCUGGAAAAAUUGUCGACGCGAAUUCAGCUGUUUGAAAGCGUCUUCCCCGAAGAUGUGUUUGUUUUUCGUUUUUGUUUGUACUUUGAAAAAAGGUUUCCUUCGUCAGUUUUCGUUGAAGAUCAGAUGAGUGUAUCAAUUGCUUUAGUUCGUGAGAGCUAUAGAAGAAGGAGUUGCAACUCAGUUUAUAGCAGGCCUUUUCUUAAUUCUUUGGAAUAUUUUAUUGGACAAAGAGAAGAGAGCAAAGCGUGUUUAUGGUAUACGAGAAGAUUCCCCAGUUCGUUGUGAGGUUUUCAAAGUACAAGUGAGGAAAAUGUUCAAUCAGUAUAAAUCUUUCUGAACAAAGCUUCCAACACGGAUUGGAAGAAUAUCCUGAGGAAAAGAAAGAUUUAUGCUUGGUGCUGUCAUUUCGUCUGAUGGUUUUGUUCAGCGUUUUGGUAAUGUUCGAAAGACACUUCGGAACAUUGGAGUGAUUUGCCCAGCGUUUGUCGGAAGAGAAAAAUGUUGAGUGCGACGAUUGGAAUUGUUUGACUGAGAUGUCGCUAGUGAUGAUGUACGAUUGUAUGUGAUGUUUGCUGUUGAUCGCCAGGCUGCAAGAGCUUGUUUUGUCAGCAGAAGCAGGGAAGGAAUUUGUUUGUAUGCCUCUGUAUUAUGGAAUUUGUGGAUCAGAUGGGGCAGAAAAUACAUGGAAGAUUAUUUGGGGGAAAAAAGGUUC